CAUGGCUGUUGUGGGUUGAUGGUGAUAUAUUUGGAUAUAUAAGCAAUUAAAUAAAUAAGUCAGUAUGAAGAUGUCCAGUGGGUGUUACUGUGUGCUGCUGCUUGCGUUCGUAGCUGCAGUUUCAGGUGUGGAUGAGAAGAAGAAAGUGGGAGAUGGAGUUCGUUUUAAACCCGACAUUACUGCAGCAUCAUCUCUUAAAGACGUCAGCAUCACAUGGAAAUAUACACAUGAUCGUGAUGUGAUAAAGGUGAUUGAAUGGGACAAUGACUUUCAGACUUUAGAAAGUCUGAGUCCUAAAUUCCAGAAUCGUGUAGCUCUCGAUAGGACCACUGGAGAACUCACUAUAAGAAAUUUACAGCUGGAUGAUACUGGAAGUUACUCCAUUGAGAUCAACAAUAUAGAGAAGAAAAGAAUCAAAUUGACUGUUGUGGAGUUCGUUCCUAUACCAAAAUUGAAACCAGAAAAUACAAGUCGUCCUGAUGUAAUGAAUUUGACAUGCGAGUCUAAUGCAAUGAUCCGCUGGGCUUGUACUAAUGGUGAAAAACCACAAAUCACACAACUAGAAAAGCCAAGACAAGGAGAGUUUAUAACAUUUACAAGAGCCGAGAUGCCAGACGUCUGCUGCACCUGUACACUCUUCAAUGAUGUGAGUGAGGAAACCAGCAAUCUGGUCUGUGCGAAAGAUCUGUUUCCUGAUGGCGAAGGCACCUCAGGUUCAAGCACCAAAACUACCAGUGGAUUUGUAAUUCCUAUGAUCACUGUUACUGUUAUCCUCCGUUACCUGUUUAUCUGACAUACAGCUUUUUAUG